AUGGCAGCGCAGCUCAAAUACACUUCUAAGCUAGCCAACACCACCGUCCUUGUUAUCGGCGGCACUUCAGGACUUGGAUUCGGACUCGCAGAAGCAAGCAUCGAACAUGAUGUAGCACAUCUAUACGUAUCAUCUUCAAGCUCCUCAAAAGUGGACUCGGCCGUCUCUCGCCUAAAAGCUUCGUACCCCGAAUCGAAAACCAAGAUCACAGGCAUUUCGUGUGAUCUAGGCGAUGAAGCCACUCUUGAAAGCAACGCUGAGAAGCUCUUCACUCAGAUCGACCGAAAAAUCGACCACAUCAUCUUCACUGCCGGCGGCCCACUGAGUCCGAAGCCUCUCGCAGAAGUCGGCCUUGAAUUCAUGAGAAAUGCGGGCGUGGUCCGCUUCCUUGCCCCAUACUUUGUGACCAAGUACGGAGCAAAGUGUUUGACGCCGAGGCCCGCGAGUUCUAUCACGCUCACCACGGGUUCGGUGUCCGAGAAGCCAAAUAAAGGUUGGAGCGUUAUUGCUUCAUAUGCUGCUGGAUUACAUGGUAUGACGCGUGCGCUGGCGCUCGAACUGAAACCCGUCCGCGUCAAUUUGAUCAGCCCUGGGCCGGUCGAAACAGAGCUAUGGGAGGCAAGUUUCGGGGAUCGAGAAAUAGUUGAAAGAGCUCUGCAGUCUAUGGCUGGCAAGGUUGCUACUGGGAAGGUGGGAAGUGUAGAAGACGUGGUAGAGAGCUUCCUGUACGUCAUGAAGGAUAAAAAUGUCACGGGCACGGUGAUCAGGAGCGAUGGCGGUACGUUUCUGUUGUAG